AAGAGGGGAAUAAACACAAUUUUCGGAGAAGAAUAACCAAUCUACCCUCUUUCUGGUUCCUCGUCCAGGCAGCCCUGGCUCGCUCGCUCGCCACGAUGAGAACUGACUUCGCUCUGGUCCUGACAGCAGCCCUUCUUCUUGAUGCAUUCUGGAGGAAUAAUGGGGAGCAUGCUUCAAAAGGUCCCUGCCGACCUGGCUUCUCACAAAGCUUCUACUCUGUGCUGAUUUCAAGGGAUGUACUGCAAGGCCAGGGCAUAUGUAAAGAUACCACCGUGUCAUCACAAAAAGUGAAGUUCGAUGACUGCAUGGGGAAUGAAGCUGUGGUUUUCCAGAGCAGUGACCCAAUCUUCAGCGUGCGAACAGAUGGGUCCAUCUUUGCCCAGGGUGAGGGAGCCAGCCUGGAUGAACCGGUCCAGUUUAAACUGACAGCAAGUGGUCCACACACACAUGUCUGGGAGACCGUGGUCCAGCUGGCCCUAAUUGACCCACCAUCACUGCAACAAGAUGAAAAUGAGGUCACAGAGGAAGAGGGGAAAGUCGCAGAGAGAAAAGAGAGGAAGGAGGCCGCCCAAGCACCACCUCCUGUCAUCAUGUUCUCAGGGUCCGGCCUGAACAGCUCCAAGGGUCUACGGCGGCAGAAGAGGGACUGGGUGAUCCCACCAAUCAACGUGGCGGAAAAUUCUCGAGGACCUUUCCCUCAGAUGCUCGUCAGCAUUCGUUCAGAUCAGGACAAGGACAUCUCCAUCCGAUACAGCAUCACCGGGGUGGGAGCAGAUCAGCCACCCAAUGAGGUGUUCAAUAUCGACCCCGUGCUUGGAAAGAUGUUCGUCACCAAACCUCUUGAUCGAGAACAUCGCUCCUCUUACCAUCUACGAGCCCAUGCCGUGGACAUGAAUGGGAACCAGGUUGAGAACCCCAUCGAUCUGUACAUCUUUGUCAUCGACAUGAACGACAACAGACCCGAGUUCAAAAACCAGGUCUACAAUGGCUCUGUGGACGAAGGUUCUAAACCAGGAACGUAUGUGAUGCACGUUUCUGCAUUCGAUGGUGAUGACAACACUACGGCUAAUGGAAUGGUGCGCUACCGAAUCCUGUCCCAGACGCCGCACAGCCCCAUCCCCAACAUGUUCACCAUCAACAGCGAGACCGGAGAUAUUGUGACUGUGGCACCAGGUCUCGAUCGAGAGAAAGUGUCCCAGUAUACCAUCAUCGUGCAGGCCACGGACAUGGAGGGCAACCUGAACUUUGGCCUUUCCAACACAGCCACUGCCAUCAUCACUGUCACGGACAUCAACGACAACCCGCCCAUGCUGACCUCCAGAACUUUUUCCGGUGAGGUCCCAGAGAACCGAGUGGAUCUUGUGGUGGCUAAUUUGACUGUGAUUGACGCUGACCAACCGCACUCGCCUAACUGGAACGCCAUCUACAGGAUCAUCAGUGGGGACCCAUCUGGGCACUUCACUAUCCGCACUGACCCUGUCACUAACGACGGCAUGGUCACCGUGGUGAAGCCAGUAGACUUUGAGAUGAACCGUGCCUUCAUGCUGACAGUGGUGGUGUCCAACCAGGCUCACCUAGCCAGCGGCAUCCAGUCCUCGCUCCAGUCCACAGCUGGGGUCACCAUAUCUGUCCAAGACGUCAACGAACCCCCGUAUUUCCCCACAAACCCGAAACACAUCCGUUUUGAGGAGGGCGUCCCUCCAGGCACCAGCCUGACGACCUUCUCAGCUUCUGAUCCUGACCGACUACAGAUGCAGCAGUCAAUCAGGUAUUCAAAGCUGAACGACCCAGCGGACUGGUUGUCCAUCAACAGAACCAAUGGUCAGAUCAUAACAACGGCGAUGCUCGACCGGGAGUCCGUCUAUGUCAAAAACAAUAUAUAUGAAGCCACAUUCCUGGCAACAGACAAUGGCUCUCCCACAGCCAGUGGCACCGGCACACUGCAGAUCUAUCUGAUAGAUAUUAAUGACAACCCCCCAGCACUCAUACCCAGGGAGUCUCAGAUCUGUGAGCGAGUGAACAAGAACGUCCACGGUGUCAACAUCACUGCCGCUGAUGCCGACACGGACCCCAACGCUGGGCCCUUUGUCUUCGAGCUGCCCAACUUUCCCAACAGCAUCAGACGCAACUGGACAAUUUCUCGAAUCAGUGGUGACUACGCCCGUCUAGGACUGCGGUACCAGGUAUAUUUAGAGCCAGGGGUAUAUGAGGUCCCUAUAAUUGUGUCGGACUCGGGGAACCCUCCGUUGUCCAACAGGUCAGUCAUCAAAGUGAAGGUGUGUCCCUGUGAUGAACAUGGAGACUGCACCACCCUCGGGGCCGUGGCGGCCGCUGGCCUUGGAACUGGAGCCAUCAUCUCCAUCCUCAUCUGCAUCAUCAUACUGCUCAGCAUGGUGCUGCUGUUUGUGGUGUGGAUCAAGCGGAGAGAGAAGGAGAGGCACACCAAGCAGUUGCUUAUUGACCCUGAAGACGAUGUCAGAGACAACAUCCUCAAAUACGAUGAGGAGGGAGGAGGAGAAGAAGACCAGGACUACGACCUGAGCCAGCUGCAGCAGCCGGACUCCUUGGAGCACAUCAUCAGCAAGCCGCCAGGUGUCCGCAGGGUGGAUGAACGUCCCAUCAUCCCAGAGUCCCAGUACCCAAUCAGACCUGUCGUGCCCCACCCUGGAGACAUCGGGGACUUCAUCCACGAGGGUCUGCGAGCGGCAGACAACGAUCCCACAGCUCCUCCGUAUGACUCCCUGCUGGUGUUUGACUAUGAGGGCAGCGGCUCUACCGCCGGCUCCGUCAGCUCCCUCAACUCCUCCAGCACGGGGGAUCAGGACUAUGACUACCUCAAUGACUGGGGUCCCCGCUUCAAGAAGCUUGCCGACAUGUACGGUGGAGGGGACGAUGAUUAAAUCGGCCCAGUCACAAAUACACACACACACACACUCUCGUCCCGUCAGCUGGCCUGCCAUGCUCUGUCCCUCUAACACAUGGGGCUAUUACACCCUUAUUGAACACACGUUAACAAUGACAUGUUCACACUGACCAAUGGACUGACCAACCAACCAAUCAAAUUACCCACCACCACAGAGGACCGGUGUCGUGAGUCAGUUUCGGGUGCUCUUCUCAACCGUCUCCUGCUCUAAGCCUGUCUAAGACUGAAACGGAAGCUCUGAAUUGCAGGCUUCUCAUAGUUUGUAUUUUCAAAUGCAUUUUUUUUCAUUUUAGGUUUAAUGCUAGAUGUAGUUUUUAAUAGUCAGAUUUUGUUUUUCCUUUUAGUUUAUGUAGCUGUUUUUGGUCCCCACUCCCCUUUGAUUCAAGCCGUUCCUUAUUCCUGAGGGUUUUCACUCUUCCCUCGCUGUCAGCCCCCGCCUGCCUCUCUGCAGAAGCUUUACGUUGAGCUGCUUGCUUUGUCUGAGGGGAACAAAAGGAAAAAAAAUGAAGAAGAACACAGAUAUGAAAGUCCUUCCAGCACGGAGGGCCCUGGUUUAUUCUUUCUUGAACUUGAAUUACUUAGAACAGAAGCACUGUUGUUUAAAAAGUGCCUUCAGUGGUGCGUAUUUUAGCAGACUCCCGCUAACUCAGGAUUGGUUGCCAUUCUCUGGGCUCACAUGCCCCCAUAUGACCCCUGACCCUUUAACUCAGACCUUCCCUUGUCAUUUAUAUCGUCCUGCAGGGCUGUGUUAGCUGCAGGAGAUGUCAGUGCCGGUUUUAGAGCAGCAUUGGCUGGCUUACGAGGGGCGCUUUAUGUAGACAUACUGUACAUAGGCCUACAGUGUGUCUGUAAGGUAUGGACAAAUCAUUAAUGUUUCAAGUCAGGCAUAUCUGUGCUCCUAGAUCACAGCCAACUUGAAUGUGAUAACGAAAAUCACAAAAAUACAUUAUGGGACUGUCUUA